CGGCCGCGAGCCCAGCGAUCCGCCGGACGAGGGUCGCGCUGCGCCUGCGCCUGCGCCGGGGUCGGAGGAGGGGGCGCCGCGGCCGCCCGGCCUUUCCUUCGGCUUUCCCCUCUCGCCCCCGCCGAGGCUCCUCGGAAGGCGCCUGCGCAGGGGACUGGGCGCGGAGGCGGCCGAGCUGUCGGGAGGGGCUUGCGUGGGCGCUUCCAACGCCCCAGAUUGUCUAAAGCCACAGGGAAAAUGGUGGAAAAUUCACCGUCGCCAUUGCCAGAAAGAGCGAUUUAUGGCUUUGUUCUUUUCUUAAGCUCCCAAUUUGGCUUCAUACUAUAUCUCGUGUGGGCUUUUAUUCCUGAAUCUUGGCUAAACUCCUUAGGCUUAACCUAUUGGCCUCAAAAAUAUUGGGCAGUUGCAUUGCCCGUCUACCUCCUCAUUAUUAUAUUAAUUGGUUAUGUACUCUUAUUUGGAAUAAACAUGAUGAGUACCUCUCCACUCAACUCCAUUCAUACAAUCACAGAUAACUAUGCUAAAAAUCAACAGCAGAAGAAAUAUCAAGAAGAGGCCAUCCCAGCAUUAAGGGAUAUUCCUAUUAGUGAAGUAAACCAGAUGUUCUUCCUUGCAACCAAAGAACAUUAUGCCAAAAACUAAAUUGUAUGUAGACUCACACUACACGCAUUUAAGUUUUUGAUGUAA